CCCAUCUCCUCUGCCCACUGCAAACCUGUCUGCCUCCUUCUCCUGCCAGGYUUCUUGGGAACACUGGCCCUACUACCAGAGCCUCAUGAGCCCCCAUGAAUGCCAGUGAAGGGAGACCUGGCUAAUGAGGCCCUAGCUGGUCAAGGGCUGGGGACUCCACCAUGCCAUCCAUCUUGCAGCGCCUGCAGCAGGCCACCAAGACGAUGAGCCGCAGGAAAAUCCUGCUGCUGGUACUGGGGUGCAGCACUGUAAGCCUUCUCAUCCACCAGGGGGCGCAGCUCAGCUGGUACCCUAAGCUAUUCCCUCUGAGCUGCCCACCCCURCGGGAGUCGCCACCGCGCCCCAAGCAUAUGACAGUGGCCUUCCUGAAGACGCACAAAACGGCGGGCACCACAGUGCAGAACAUCCUGUUCCGCUUCGCCGAGCGCCACAACCUGACCGUGGCCCUGCCGCACCCGAGCUGCGAGCACCAGUUCUGCUACCCGCGCAACUUCUCGGCGCACUUCGUGCAUCCGGCCACGCGGCCGCCACACGUGCUGGCCAGCCACCUGCGCUUCGACCGCGCGGAGCUGGAGCGCCUCAUGCCGCCCGGCACAGUCUACGUCACCAUCCUGCGCGAGCCGGCCGCCAUGUUCGAGUCGCUCUUCAGCUACUACAACCAGUACUGCCCGGCCUUCCGGCGCGUGCCCAACGCGUCGCUCGAGGCCUUCCUGCGCACACCCGAGGCCUACUACCGCGCGGGCGAGCACUUCGCCAUGUUCGCGCACAACACGCUGGCCUACGACCUGGGCGGUGACAACGAGCGCAGCCCGCGCGACGACGCCGCCUACCUGGCGGGCCUGAUCCGCCAGGUGGAGGAGGUCUUCUCACUCGUCAUGAUCGCCGAGUACUUCGACGAGUCGCUCGUGCUGCUGCGGCGCCUGCUGGCCUGGGACCUGGACGACGUGCUCUAUGCCAAGCUCAACGCACGCGCUGCCAGCUCGCGCUUGGCUGCCAUCCCUGAAGCGCUGGCGCGGGCCGCGCGCACCUGGAACGCCCUCGACGCCAGCCUCUACGACCACUUCAAUGCCACCUUCUGGCGCCGCGUGGCACACGCCGGCCGCGCAUGCGUGGARCGCGAAGCGCGCGAGCUGCGCGAGGCCCGGCAGCGCCUGCUGCGCCGUUGCUUCGGCGAUGAUCCGGUGCUGCGUCCAGCCGCGCAGAUCCGCACCAAGCAGCUGCAGCCAUGGCAGCCCAGCCGCAAGGUGGACAUCAUGGGCUAUGACCUGCCWGGCGGCGGGGCCGGCCCAGCCACCGAGGCCUGCCUCAAGCUGGCCAUGCCCGAGGUGCAGUACUCGAACUACCUGCUGCGCAAGCAGAAGCGCCGUGGUGGUGCUCGGGCCCGGCCCGAACCCGUCCUGGACAAUCCCCCACCCAGACCCAUUCGAGCCAUCCCCCGAAGUCCCCAGGGCUCCUGAGCUGUGAGCUGACUCCCAGAGCCUGCAUCCUGCCCUGCCCUCCCAGGAGGAGGCUGCCUCCAGGUCCUGCCCCAUCAGGGCCCGUUCUUUCCCAGGGGCUUGAGCCUCACACCGAACUGAGGGUGCAUCUCCCCAUCUGAGCCGACCUCCUCGAUGUUGGCUGAGCCCCACCUUUGAGGAUUUCGCUUUUAGGCCUGAUGGAGCCCUGGGCCACCCUCUUCUUCCCAGCUGGUUGGUGACUUUAACAAGAGGUGUAAGGUCCGUCCCAAAGCCCUGGCCCUACUUUUUUCUGGGGGCUGGGUCCACCCCACACCUGUUUUUCCAUGUAGAUGAGUGCAAGCCCCAGAGUGGGGCUGAACCCCAGACAAUGGCUGUGCUGUUUCUCAGUAUGGCUGGGCUCUUGCUCUUCCCAGGGCUGCAGAGACCCCUAUACUGUGUCUUCCAGGUUCUACCCUCCCCA